ACUAGCUUUAAAAGCUUCUCAGCUGUAUCUAGUAAAACGUUUGCAGACAGCAAGUUAGCUAGCUAACAUUAUUUGCCAUUUGGUGUCUGUACUAUGAAUAAGGCUAGCAAAUGGAAGUAACUGCUGUAGUUGUCUACUUUUACACGCCGUGCUUUACCCUGUCACAUAUUUAAGACAACCCCUAACGUUUUACUGGCACUGCCUACAUAGAGUCUCUGCUCCUGAGCACAGAUCAAACACACAGACCUUUUGAGACCUGUGCUGUGACUUUCUGAAGCUUUACAUUGUUGCUGCUGCCGGUGUGCAGAUGUCCACCUACAAACUCUUUCUGCUGAGGCAUGGGGAGGGGGCCUGGAACAAAGAAAACCGUUUCUGCAGCUGGGUUGACCAGAAGCUUAGCGAGGAUGGGGUGAAGGAGGCCCAGGACUGUGGCAGGCUCCUGAAGAAGCUGGGCUACGAGUUGGACAUAGUGUUCACCUCCAUACUCAGCCGCUCCGUCCAUACGGCCUGGCUGGUGCUGGAGGCCAUGCACCAGGAGUGGGUCCCUGUGAUGAAGUCCUGGAGACUCAAUGAGCGACACUAUGGUGCUCUAAUUGGCUUGAACCGGGCAGAGAUGGCUCUCCAACAUGGAGAGGAAAAGGUGAAGUUGUGGAGAAGGAGCUAUGACAUCACUCCACCUCCGAUUGACGAAUCCCACCCUUACUUUCUGGAAAUCUACAAUGACCGCAGAUAUGCCACUUGUGACGUGCCAAAAGAGAAACUUCCCCGAGCAGAGAGCCUGAAAGAAGUGUUGGUCAGGCUGCUGCCAUACUGGGAAAGUAAUGUGGUGCCAGAGAUAAAGAAAGGCAAGACUGUGCUCAUCGCUGCUCAUGGAAACAGCUGCAGGGCCCUGCUGAAACACCUGGAAGGUGUAUCGGACGAAGAUAUAGCCGCCGUGACGUUACCCACAGGGAUACCAGUGCUGCUUGAACUGGAUGAAAACCUUAAGCCUGUGAAACCUCGGCAGCUUUUAGGAGACCAGGCAAAGAUUCAGGCAGCCAUUAAAAAGGUGGAAGACCAGGGAAAAGCCAAACCAUCAACUUGAGUGCACCCAACCAGCAGUAAGAAUUAACAUAGCUCUGUUCUGGCUGCGUUGAUGCACUUAAACUUUAUAGGUACAGAAAAAAACAAAAAGAGACUCAAAAAUCAUUAAAUAACAUUAGACAACAAUAAAAGAUUGUUGUUUAGUGUGAUUUAAAGGACAGGUGUAAGUUUUACAGUGAAGUUACUGUAUAUGUUACAGUGGCCUGACCUGGAUACAGGACGUGUGUGUGUCAGUCUGCUCUGAUAGGGACAGGAAAACGUUCAGAGGUGUACUGUAAAUGUUUCAGCACUAUGUGGAAUUAUGUUUUGUGUAAGCACUGAGGAAGCGUUUGGUUUGUAUAUGGUUUUAAGCUAUUUGUCCCUACUUUUGCCUGUAUGGUGAACCUACAGAGGUUAUUUAUUUAUUUACUAAUUUAUCUACUUUAUCUUGCAGAUGAAUAGUAAAAUACUAAAGUGAAGCUGAUAAAUGAUGAAAUAUGUCAUAUUCAGAUAGGAGAAACAAAAUCUCUCCUUUCUAAAGGAUCCUUUAUUUUAUACUGAUAAGCUUUAGGAAUAUCCCCUUUUCAUUUUAAACAUGUGCCUUCAGUAUUAAUGUAGUGCUCAAAUCAGGCAACUAUUUAAAAGCUUAUCGAACAGGUUUUGUGGUGAUUUUAUUUAAGAAUGAAAGCACUCCACUAACAAAUCAUACCUCAUAGAAAUUGAUGGCUUGGCUGUUCAUUCCAACAGUGGUAAUUGUAAGCCACAGAAAUAUUGUAAAUAUGCAAAAACACUGAAAUCCUCUACUGUACCAUGUCAGUUACAAAUAUUUUAAAUGGUCUACUCAGAAAAAUCUCAUGUCUUUCUGUGAGACUCAUACAUUAGAUUAGCACUGUGGCUAACAACCAUAAUUGUAUUGGUAUGGUAACUGGUUUAUGCUUUGCACUUUUUGGGGAAAUAUGAGGAUCGUUUAUUUAUCCCCUUGUUAAUUACAUAACAACUGUGAAUGGUAAAUACCAUUAUUUUGGAUAAAUAUAAUUAUAAAAAACAAGCACUAUUUUGGGUUCCAUUUUAAAUUCUAAAUUAUUAUAACCCAUGUACAUUUAUUUUAUGUUCUUUAUCUAUAUAACAUGAGUGAAAAUGUUACAAACCACUCUUGACUAUGUCUACAGCCGCCCAAUCUUCCUUGUCAUUUUAUGUGACUUCUGUACUGUACGUGACGUUGCCUGUUACUUCAGUGUAUCAUGUCUCGUGUUUGUAGACGUACUGUGCAUCAUUUGUGUUUUCUGGUUUUCCCAGAUUUUAUGUUGCUUUUCACUGCCACUGUUAUUUUGUACACUGAUCUGUUAGGUCAACAGGGAGAAACAUUAAGAACAUUUGCAUAUUUGUAAUUUGAUGUAACAUGAUGAAGUGUCCCUGCUGUUUACACCUUACCAUAAGGAGAGUUUGAAUGAUGAAAUAAAAGGGAAUUUAAAUUUU